AUAUUCAGUAUGAUUAUAAAUAUAAUAAUUUAUAGUCAGUUCGAGACUUUUUAUUUUAGGCGGUUUAAUAUGUAGUAAUAGAGGAACGGACGAAUUGGAACGCAGCGUUGCAUCGUGUGUGUGUGUUUUCGAUCUAUCGUGCAAAUGGCGGCUCUCGCGAUGUUUUCUCAACGAUUACUCAAAUAUUAGAUAUAAUUAUUCGAGAUUAUCGAUAAACAGUGUAAUAGAUACGUACUACUGACAUUUCAUAUUCGAGAAGAUUUAUUCUAAACAUGGUGAAGUUACUUAAAAAGUUCUUUGCCGGUGAUAAAGUUUUUGCAAAAGUUCGAGGUUACCCGCCAUGGCCAGCUAAAGUUGAAAAGGUUUCAGACCCAAAUUCUAAAAAUGCCAAGUAUAGCGUUUAUUUUUAUGGUACGGGUGAAACCGCUGUAUGUAAAGUUGAAGAGCUUUUUACUUACACGGAAAACAAAGCAAAGUUUGGUAACAAAGCAUUACGAAGGAAAUUUUUCCAUGAGGGAUUACAGCAACUUGAACAAGAACUUAAAAAUGAAAAAAGUAGAGAUGCAGAUGCAGAUGAUUUACAAGAAUCGGAUAUGGUGGAAGCAGCAAGCACCAAAAGAGCUGAUGUUGCUUCGGAAUUACCAGCAGCUAGCGCAGCGGAUAGUGACUUAGAAGCAGGAUCAUUAAUUAUUGAUGAAGGAGAUAAAAAAAAGUCAUUUAAAAAAAAACCAUUAUCUACAUCUAAUAAUCCUGAUACACCAGAAUUAAAAAGGAAGCGUGGGAAGACAAAGGCGGUACCCACAUCGACAAGUGACACAUCAAAACACGAGGCAAUUCUUGAUUCGCAGGGAGAGGAGUCGCCUAAAGAAAUUGUAAGCCGCAGUGGACGUAAAAUAAAACCAAAGCGUUUUGCAGAUUUUUCCAGUUCCGAAGAAACAGAAGAACAUUCUUCAAGAGGACGCAGCAAAAUUAAAAGCGAUGAGCCUAAUGAGCACCUAUCAUCUGCUGGAUCAUACAAGAAGAGAAAUAUUAGUUCAGAAAAGAAGAACAGUAUCGGUGAAUCAUCAUUGAUGGAAGAUACCGUCAUCUCUAAUCCAUCUUCUUCUGAAACAGCAGGACGAUUUCUUCUUGCACGAACAUUUGCUGGUGAAUUUGUGGGCAUUAAAUUAAAUGUAGACAGACCAAAAUCAUUUGACAGUGAAAAAGCUAGAACACAAUGGGAUUGGACUACAGCCCGCAAUGCUAUGAAACUUAAGGCUCAAUUAGAGAGCGGUGAAAUUUUACCAGAACAAGUAAAAGAAUCAUUAGAUUUUAAUGUACAUGUGCCAGAGGAUGAGAAACGCAUUUUGGCGAAAGACGGUGCAGUUCAUAGAAAAACUUACAAACUAAGAUGGCUUCGUAUAGAAGCUCAGCUGUUACAAUUGGAUGCUCAAAUAAAAUCUAAUCUUGGGUUGGAUCGUGCUAAUACAGAUAAAUGUUUAGAAGCGAUGGAUGAUAUAUUGGCACUAUCCAUUGGUCCAUUAAUGCUAAAGAAGCAUCCACAUAUUGUCGAAACUGUGAAAAGGUUAAGGCGAUAUAUUGGUAAUUUAAGUGAUUGGAAGUUGAGUAAAGAAGAAGAGUCUAUUUUCAAACAAAAAGCGGAACAAAUAAGGCAAAAAGCAGAGCACAUAUACAACAAAUUUAAGGCUAUGUUCACAAUACCAGAAGGACAGUCUUUUUGGCAAUCAUUUUCUGUUGAAGUGGACCAUUUCAAGGAAUUAACGAAAAAUAUGUCGGAAGAAAAAGUUUUCUCUUUAAUGUCUGAUCCGACCUGUCCAGAUGCUGGUAUGUCAGAAGAUGUAUCUAUCGGAGACGAUAGUGGCAGUCAAGAAGAUACAGACAUUCAAUUGAAAUUAGAUCCGGACCAAGUGCCUAUCAAAUUGGAAAAUCCUAAAGAUUCAGAAAGCAAGUAACAUACGUAUAUCUCGUAUGUAAUUAAGGUGAACAUGAGUACGUUUUGUUUUGUGCAGUAUACUAUGAUAUACAAGACAGCAGAGUGUUUUGCAACUGAUUUAAGGGAGUGGCCUUUGCACGUUUGAAAAUAAUCUAUAAUGUGGAUAAAUUUUCCUACCGCAAAUUAUUCUAUGAGUUUCUAUGACAUUUCUAGUGAAUUCCCUUUUCGGCGUUACUAAAAAAAA